AUGUCGAUGACCUUUACGAUUUGGGCAAGAUUGAGUAACUUCCUCGUUGGUUUGCAAGGGUCAACCUUCUCGGCUGCGCUGCCUACGCGACGUGUUGGUGGACUGCACUUGCGAGGGAUUUUCUGUAACUUGGCGACGAGAAUUGGUUAUUCGAGAACGAGUAGCAGAGCGCCUUUCUUCACGGUCCGCAUUGUGAGGAUUAUCAAGUUGACCUCCUUGGGGGCCUAG